AUACACGUCUCAUCUUAUAACCAACACGGCAACACCUCAAACACUCUCUCACAUUAUCUUCUAUAGAGUGCUAAUUAACUACUAUGACUACCCACAGCACUCUCUUCAACUUCCACCACACUUCACCUUCAAACCCACUCUCCUCCUCCACCACCACUCCACACCUCCACCUCUCCUGCUCCUUCAAACCCAAACCCCCAAAACCCUCCUCCUCAUUCUCUUUCGCUCCCACACCAAUACCCGCACGAGACAGAGUCAUAGACUUCGGCAAACACAAGGGCAAAAUGCUCGGCACACUCCCCUCCACCUACCUCAAAUGGGUCUCCACCAACCUCCGCGCCCGCGACUUCGAGCACUGGGCCAAGCUCGCCGACCAGGUCCUAAGCGACGCCGUUUACCGCGACCGCAUCGAGUGGGAGUCCGCCGAGAACGCGCUCAGCGGUAACAGAAGCAACGCCGGCGGAGUUUCGGAGCUUCUGGGGAUCAGCGACAGGUUCGGGUGGGACAACGAUGACAAAGUUGGCUGGAGUAAAGUGAACUUCGAGCUUUUGGGUACUUCGAAAGGUGGGAGAAUUCCGAGGAGGAAGAGUGAGACUGAAGUUGAAGAACAGAGUGGUUUGGAGGAGAGAGAGACGAAGGGUGAGGGUUUAGGGGAGAAGAGGAGGGAAAGGAGGGAGAGGAGGAUGAGGAUGCAGAGAGAGCAAGGUGGGGUUGGGAAGGAGGAGAAGGUUGGGGGUAGUUUAGGGAAUGGAGUUGGAUUAGGGAGGAGGACUAGCAAGGAGAAUGGUGAUGAAGAUAAUUGGAUGGUGGAUAAUUCGAAAAAGUUUCCUGGACGCGAGUCUCUGUUGAGGAAAGCUUAUAGCAGAAGGUUUUUGUAAUUUUCCGAUCAUUCUUAUAAAAUUUAUGUCCAAUUGUCCGUGUAAUUUUGGUGGUGUUCGAGUAGUACAAUGGUGGAUUAAUGUGUGUAAUACACUAGUGUCUUCUACCUAAGUGAUGAUUGGUAAACUUGGAAUGAUAUCAGACCAUUAGUGGAUUCUGGUUUUACAU